AGAGAUAGCUUUGCCAGACCCCGACCCCAAAACGAAGAGCAGUCCACGAGCGAGCGCUUUCCUUCAACAUGCGUAAAGCAAGUGAGAGUACAACAGGAGAUGAGAUAUCCUUGUGCCGUUUGCUGGCGGAGUUGCCCCGUUGGCAAGCAAGCAUAGAUACCAAAACUAAUCGGCAAGAAACGCAGGCAGGAAUGGAAAAACACACACCACCAGUUCAGUCCAUGCCAUGGCAGGCAAUGCUAAUGACGAGGAUACACAAUAAAGCGGUCGCUCGGCAAUUUACCAGCGACGACGGGCCACGUUUCCUCCCGAAAGCUAAAGCGAAUCGAGGAGAGGCUAGAGGAGCUCCUAGAGGAAGAGUAUCAGAGUAUCAUCGUCGCCACUCCACUGCACUUCACUCCUUUCUACACGGAUCGACCUCUCUCCUUUUUCCCAUUUCUUUCUUUGGGAUAUAUCCAUGGCCGAUCCACAACCCAUCUUUGUUGUCCAAGCCCCUGGCUGCUAUAACAAGCACCACCUCCCCGACCAGUGCUGAACCACUGGCUACUACCGGUGCCAGUCGGACUGUGGAGAUCAUAACAGGGCGGACCAACGGCGAGAUCAUGGGACGCAGCAGUUCCAGAAUCAGCCGUCGGCUGCCGCCGUCGAUGCUCAUCUUCCUGCUCCUCCUGCUCGGCACCACUCCACAGUGUGAGGCGAGAGCGCUGAGGCAGAGCAAGAGGAACUCGCUGAUGAACGCGCUCUUCAAGCUCAACUUCGUCAGGGAAGUGCAGCCGACGCCGUACCUGCCGCCUCCUGCAAACGCUGGCACCCAGGGCGGGGACGCCGCCGCGAGCCUCGCCGCCGCCGCCGCCGACAGCGUCAACCCUCCCUUCUGCGUCAACCCGCCGAACGCGCCUCCGACGUCGUCGACGCCGCCAUUCACCUCCACGGGGCCGUCCUCCUCCACCCCUUCCGCCCCGGACCAGCUGCCGCCCAUCACCCCCAUCCCGCCGUCCUUCGAACCCAGCCCGCCGGCCGGCACCACCACCCCGGGCUCCAGCCCGGGAACGGGUACGCCGACGGUCACGCCCACGCCGAUCAACCCGCCGCAGUUCGCUCCGAGCCCGCCCGGGACGGCGCCGCCGAGCCCGAUCGUCGUGGUGCCCAGCCCGCCCGACGACUCCGGCCCAGGCUCGGGGGGUGGCGGGGGCGGCGAAGGUGGCGGCGGUGGCGGUGGCGGCGGGUUCAUGCCGCCGAUCAUCUACCCGCCGCCGCUGGCCCCGCCGAUGGCGCCGGGGGCCGGGCAGGCGCUGUGGUGCGUGGCCAAGCCCACGGUGCCGGACCCGAUCCUGCAGGAGGCCAUGGACUACGCGUGCGGCUCCGGCGCCGAGUGCCGCUCCAUCCAGCCCGCCGGCGCGUGCUCCCAGCCGGACACCGUGCUCGCCCACGCCUCCUACGCCUUCAACAGCUACUGGCAGAUGACCAGGGCCAACGGCGGCACCUGCGACUUCGGGGGCACCGCCACCAUCGUCACCAGCGACCCAAGCUACGACCAGUGCGCGUUCAACCUUGUCUGACGGUACCAAGAGAGAAUAUGAUGCCGUUCGAUGAGCGGUUUUUUCGACAUUCUUCUUCUUCUUCUUCUCGAUUUUAAUUCUAGGCCACAGAAGUUGUAGCUUUUGUAAGUAGCUGGUUAGUGUGAUCCGGGAUCUUGAUUAUCGCAAGGCUGAUACUGUGCAAAAGGUUAUACGACCAGCUCUUAGUUAGUUAGGAUGUUGCUGGUUUUCCCCUUCAACUUUUAUCUUGUUCUGCACAAUUAUUUAAGUCAAAUAGUAGAUGCUAGCUUCGUUUUCACGCUAAACCCAUGGAAUCUGUAUUAGUUAAGUAGUCUGAUCAAGCUCCACUGCUUUCAGCACAUGGCAGAUUAA